AUGGCGACUUCACUCCCACCUCCUCUUCUUCUCCUUUGUUUCUUGUUUUUCUCUUUUGUAUCUGUGACUGUCUCCACUCAGACGCGAUCAAUCGAUCAAACAAAGACUUAUAUCAUCCACGCUUCAAAAUCUGAGAAACCUACCACGUUUUCCACUCAUCAUCGGUGGUACUCCUCCAUCGUCGGAUCUGUUUCGACGUCUCAUCAACCGUCUGACAUCCUUUAUACCUACGAACGCUCUGUCAACGGAUUCUCUGUUAGGUUGACUCGAGCUCAGGCUGCCAAGCUCCGUCGUCUCCCGGGGAUACUCUCUGUGAUCCCGGAUCGCCGGAGAACGCUUCAUACCACGCAUACACCUAGCUUCCUUGGUUUGGCGGAUACUUUUGGUAUCUGGCCAAACUCGGAAUAUGGUGAUGAUGUUAUUGUUGGAGUGCUUGACACCGGGAUAUGGCCUGAACGAGAGAGUUUUUCAGACGAAGGACUACCACCGGUUCCGUCUACUUGGAAAGGUAGUUGUGAAACCACGUCGGAUUUUCCUGCGACGGCAUGUAAUCGGAAAAUUAUUGGGGCUAAGGCUUAUUAUAGAGGUUAUACAGCAAGUCUUGGUAGCCGGUUGAAUGAAACCGGUGGUACUCUUUCUCCUAGGGAUACGGAAGGUCAUGGAACUCAUACGGCUUCUACGGCUGCCGGAGCGAUUGUGAAGGAUGCCGGAUUUUUUGAGUUUGCAAGAGGUGAAGCCAGAGGUAUGGCUACUAAAGGCUAG